UUGUCUGCUGAUGGGUGGGGCUGAGUUCCCUCUCUGUUGGUUGUUUGGCCUGAUGCAACCCAGAACUGGAGGCUACAGGCUCUUUGGUGGGACUAGUGAUGGACUCUGGGAGAGUUCAUAGCAAGGAGUACUUCCCAGAACUUCUGCUGCCAGUGUCCUUGUCCCCGUGGUGAGACACAGCCACCCCCCACCUCUGCAGGAGACCCUCCAACACUAGCAGGGGUUUGGCGUGAGAGGGAAAGAGUGUGUCUUUUAUACCAUCCUGAAGUGAAAGUUUAGCAUUUCCGUUUCUGAACUUCAUCACGGCAGUGGAUUCUCUCCAGGCCAACGACACAACCUGACUGAAUAUUAGGUGUGUGUAUGAGGUAUAAAGCCAUUGUCAAGGAAGAGCAAACAAAAGGAAGCUAUGGAUGCACGCAACUUUCUAGAAAACCUUCUUUGCUGUUAGAUCCCUCCGCCAGAUUCCUCGCACUGACUGCAAGAUUUCUGGACACGGAGUUUGAAACAAUAUCAACAUGUCUAUAUUGGAGCUUUCUUUAUUUGAUACACUAUCCAGAAAUUCAAGCCAAAAUUCAAGAAGAAAUUGAUGGAAACAUUGGGAUGAAAUCAACCAGGUUUGGAGACAGGAAAAUUUUACCCUCCACAGAAGCUUUCAUAAAUGAAAUAUUCAGACAUGCCUCCUUUCUUCCUGUUACUGUUCUUCAUUGCGAAGGAGGGGGAAUGUCUCUCACGCCAUGUGGUAAUCGGCAGAGCAGAAUGCAGUGCCUCAGCCCAGGUAUCUCCAAGGGCCAGACCACUAGCUGAGCAGAGUCAAGCCCAGACAGUAAGCCACUCAGUCCCCUGUAUUUUGCCUCUCUCAUUUGCUCUCCAUAUUCACACAUGAUGCUAUCUAUUCACUGUGAUCCCUUUUCUUCAGAUCCCCUUUCUGGUUGAAGUAGACUUCAUCUUUAACCUAAGUUUAUAAAAAGCAUCCUACAUUUAAAUAUGCAGCUCUUCUGUCCCAAAGCCUUCUGUAGGGUGACUUUGGGUGCUUCAUAAAAGAGUACGACCUACAAGCUUUACUAAGAAAUCAGGAACAGAGAGACCUGCCAAGUUUACAGGCAUUAUUUGGGAUGAAAUGAAAGUGAUCAUAAUCUUUGGGAUCCUGAAAACACAUCUGAGAGCCUCACUAAUAGGGAGAAAUAUAUUUUAGGAAAUAGGUAUUCAUUAUAUUAUUAGAAGUGAAGAAAUAAACUAAUAUAUCAACUAUAAAGAUCAGAGGCAUCGGCCAAUGAGAGUAGUGUGAUAUAAACGAAGAAUUUUAGCACAAACGUAAAAGGCAUCUUAUAUAUUGAUAUGUUGUUUGGGGCUAAUCUGUUCUCCACUUGGAGGUUUACCAUUUUCCAUUUAAAAGGACAAGGGAUUAAAGAGCAGAAAAUGGUUAAAAUGAAAUGAAUUUUAAAAAGAUAAAUGGAAGAAUCUUAGGUAAAGGGGGCAAAAGUUUUGCUAUUAUAUAUAACGUAUGUACACACAUACACGAAAGACCAAACAGUACCCUAAUUAAUAUUUAUUGCAUGUAUGCUCUUUAAAAGUUACGUGGAAAGGCAUUUUUAUAUAUGCAGUUUCAGAAGUAUAUAUUUAGAAAGAGAGACCCUACAAUGAAUAAAUUUAUAUAUUGAGUCCUUCUUUAGAAUAUAUAGUCACUCAUAGUUUAAUAUUAGUGAAAUCAAAUUUUACAUGCUAGGUUUCCAUAGGGUGGGAGCAUGUGGUUUUUAUGCAGAGUAGAAUUUGAGCAGCUGAAUCCACAGAGGGAGUGUGGACAGGAAUGUACUGAGAAAGGCAAGUGGCUAUACCAGGAGCUGGUAAUCCUUCCAACAAAUGGCUCCAUCCCUUUUUUGACCUUCUCCUUUGUUGGGUUUUGAGGGCACCCGAUGAAUAAUACCCAUAUUAUUUGCCAAAGUUCAGUACCAGCUGCAAGAUGAAAGUAAGUCAGAGAGAGUUUCAGAUAUUAACUUUUUUAAUGAUCAGAGCUAGUUUGCACAGUUUGGCUUACAGCUAGACCAAGGAGGCUUACUCAUACUUUUUACCUGAAUUAGACAUACUUCUCCACUCAGACUCUGGCAAAGUUGGACGACAGCAGUCUCCUCUGUACGAAACCUGCUCUUCAGCUCAGCCCAUUAAUAACUAUAGAUGAGAUGUAUUACCUUCUCUAUAGGUUGGCUAAUCAGAAAAGAGAACCCAGAAGUGGCUAAGACAAAUGUGUCCAGUGACUGCUCUUAAACUCAUCACAUUGAAAUGUCACUGCUUCUCUGGGGAGAAGUGAGUGUGAGGGCCAUCUCAGAAGUUAGGGAGUGCCAUAUGGAAAUAUAACAUGGCGUAAUCUAAACUGUGCAUAAUUACAGAGGUAUAAAAGGGAAAAAUGUACAGUAUACAUAAUGAAGUCUGAGUAUGGGACUAGAAAAAUAGAAUACUUGUUCUAGAAGCAGCUUAGAGACCAUCCAAUACAACCAAUAUCAUUUCACAGCUAGGAAAUGAAACCAUAGAGUAGAUAUGAGAUUUGCCCAACAUCUCACUGAGACCAGUAUCUAGAGUUCAGAUUUCCUAGUUCCAAUUCCAUUCCAAUUCCUAGUUCCUCCCAUCAAGUACUAAAUGAUGUUAUGUUUUGUUUUUCUAAUCUACUAAUAGAAGCCAAAAACACAUGGGGUACAAAGAAAAUGUUUUAUAAUGUCCUUAAUAGUUUCUGGUUGUAUUCGAAUGUGUCUACUUAUGACCAACUCUGUCAUAGAAAUACUGAGAUAAUUUUCUAGAGAUUUUAACUCAUAGCAAUGCCUGCUUAACAAAUACAAGAAAAAGAAUAAAUUAGUGAUUUGACAAUAGGUAGAAGAUAUAUCAAUUAAUGAACAAAGGGAGAUUUAUAAAGAUGUCACAUCAUUAUUGCAGUAAAAAAUAACACUAACAAAAAAUAGUCCAUGCAUCAUGGGAGGCAGCUUAGGGAUGGGUUAUUUGAAUUUACAGGAUGCGUUGUAAUGCUGCCUUUCUCUUUCCUACAGUAGUACAUCAGAUACUACUCUGAAUGGUUAUUUCAUUCCCAGGAAAUCAUGCACCUUUAUUAACAUGUAUCAAGUAAAUCAUGAUGAGGAAGCCACCAAAAUUAUUUCCUGAGAUAAAAUUUGCUUGGUUAUUUGUUUGCUAUUUAUUAAUCUGGGAAAAAUUUACAUUCUUCUUAACCAAACUUCAUUCCCUCUGUUUCUCUUGAAAGAAGUUGGAAAUAAAUUCAGUUUUCUUU